GACGACUCGAAAACACCUGCUACCGAACGUCACAUAAUCGACCAUUGCGCAUACAUUCCUCGAAGGCAUCCUCCCGUACUGUCCGAAGCGCACCGUCGGUGCGAGAUCGAAAGCACUCGAAGCCAGAAGGGUGGAGAGACGGCAGGCAGACAUGGCGGACACAGAAGACGUGCAGGCGUCGACGGCGUCGCAGGGGGCCGCGUUGGACGACGAUGAAAGCCUCUCGUCGCUGGAGCAAGAGGUGCUGGACGAGUACGCGCGGUUGCUUGGGAACAUGAACACUAUGUCGACGCUUCUCGGCGAGCUCAGCGACCAGCCCAGCGCGGCGGUGCUCGAUGGGCUGCGCGGCCUGGAGAGGAAGACCAGUCUUGUCUUCACGCUGCUCAAGGCCAGCGUGUACAGCAUCGUACUGAACCAGCAGAUCCAGGACAAUGGGGCCGAGGGCGAGCAGGCGUGGGCGCAGUGACGACGACGGGAGAGAGGGAGAGUGCAGGAAUAGAUGGUGUGAUGUGAUGUGAUACCCCAAGCGUAGUUGGAAGGCUGUAUGGUACAAGUUUACAAUGCGGCGCUGUCUCGAUGCUAUCCUCUGCGAUGCAUGAUGUGGUACAAUAUUCACACUGCUAUCGUACACGGCUCAGCAUGGAUUAUUACAAUAUCCCCAAUCGUACACGCUCAGCAUGUCAUGUGGUACAGGUUCCCAAUCGACACAUUCAGUGCACACUGCCGCCGUAGUAGACCUUGCGCACGUCGACCAGCU